UGGGCCUCGGCGCUCGCCCCCGAGGGGAAAGGCAAGCAGGGGCGGUUGAGAAGUAAAGUCUUGGCUGGACUUUGCUUCUCGCCAGGAAAUCGGCGGCGGCGAGUCCCGGCGGAGCGGAGCCGGGCGGCGUCCUCGUCAGCGCUCCCGCGGGGAGCCGGCCGCUUUCCCUCAGUGAGUUACUUCGCCUCAGGCAAACACGCACCCCACAAGUGUUGGACCCAUGAGCCUCCGAGAACUGCCUGCUCACAAUGGGAACAACCAGUGACGAGAUGGUGCCCGUGGAGCAGGCCUCCUCGGCCUCCUCCCUAGAUCCCCUGUGCUUCCAGUGUGGCCAGCAGCACUGGGCAAGAGAAAACCACUUGUACAACUACCAGGGGGAGGUGGACGAUGACCUCGUCUGCCACAUUUGCCUCCAGCCCCUGCUCCAGCCACUCGACACACCCUGCGGACACACAUUCUGCUACAAGUGCCUCAGAAACUUCCUGCAGGAGAAGGAUUUCUGUCCACUGGACCGCAAGCGGCUUCAUUUCAAGUUGUGUAAGAAAUCUAGCAUCCUGGUCCAUAAGCUUCUGGACAAGUUACUGGUCUUGUGUCCAUUUUCUUCUGUGUGCCAAGGUGUAAUGCAGCGCUGUGACCUAGAGGCACAUCUUAAAAACAGGUGUCCUGGAGCCUCUCACCGGAGAGUCGAUCUAGAGAGGAGGAAAACUAGUCAAGCUCAAACACAGAUUGAGGGUGAAACUGGAUCCAUCGUAAUAGAUCCUCCAGGCACCUCACCCCCUGAAACGGACUGCUUGGGCACCGUGCCUGGCGAGAGAAACUUGACACCGGCACCUCUUCCUGUGUGGACCGAGGAGCCUGGCCUGGACAACCCUGCCUUCGAGGAGAGCACUGCAGCUGACUCUGUACAACAGCCACUUAGUUUACCAGAAGGAGAGAUCACCACCAUUGAGAUCCACCGCUCUAACCCGUACAUACAAUUAGGAAUCAGCAUUGUGGGCGGCAACGAGACACCACUGAUCAACAUUGUCAUUCAGGAAGUCUACCGGGAUGGGGUCAUCGCCAGAGAUGGAAGGCUCCUUGCCGGAGACCAGAUUCUUCAGGUCAACAAUUACGACAUCAGCAACGUGUCCCAUAACCAUGCCCGGGCCGUGCUCUCGCAGCCGUGCAGCACGCUGCAGCUGACAGUGCUGCGGGAGAGGCGCUUCGGCAGCCGUGCCAACAGCCAUGCAGACGGCAGUGGGCCGCGGGACGAGGUCUUCCAAGUGCUGCUCCACAAACGUGACUCUGCAGAGCAGCUUGGCAUUAAAUUAGUCCGAAGGACAGAUGAGCCAGGUGUUUUCAUUCUUGACCUCCUAGAAGGGGGGUUGGCAGCGCAGGACGGCAGGCUCAACAGCAAUGACCGGGUGCUGGCCAUCAAUGGACAGGACUUGAAGCAUGGGACCCCAGAGCUUGCUGCCCAGAUUAUUCAGGCCAGCGGAGAGAGGGUGAACUUAACAAUUGCCAGACCAGGGAAGCCCCAGCCCAGCAAUGGCAGCCGUGAGGCCGGAGCACACAACAGCAGUCAUGCCCAGCCACCCUCGCACAGCCGGCCAGGCUCACACAAGGACCUCACUCGGUGUGUCACAUGCCAGGAGAAGCACAUCACUGUAAAGAAGGAGCCUCAUGAGUCCCUUGGGAUGACAGUUGCUGGGGGCAGAGGGAGCAAGAGUGGUGAGCUGCCCAUCUUUGUGACCAGUGUGCCGCCCCAUGGCUGCCUUGCUCGAGACGGCAGGAUCAAGAGAGGUGACGUGUUGCUGAACAUCAACGGCAUUGACCUGACCAACCUAAGUCACAGUGAGGCUGUGGCCAUGCUGAAAGCCAGCGCUGCAUCUCCGGCCGUCGUCCUUAAAGCCCUGGAAGUCCAGAUAGCCGAGGAAGCAGCCCAGGCCACAGAGGAGCAGCCAAGCGCCUUCAGUGAGAAUGAGUACGACGCCAGCUGGUCGCCGUCCUGGGUCAUGUGGCUCGGGCUGCCAAGUGCUCUCCAUAGCUGUCAUGAUAUAGUCUUACGAAGAAGCUACCUGGGGAGCUGGGGCUUCAGUAUCGUGGGCGGAUAUGAAGAGAACCACACCAAUCAGCCUUUCUUCAUUAAGACCAUUGUCUUAGGAACCCCUGCUUACUAUGAUGGAAGAUUAAAGUGUGGAGACAUGAUUGUAGCCGUGAAUGGCCUGUCGACUGUGGGCAUGAGUCACUCUGCUCUGGUUCCCAUGUUGAAAGAACAGAGGAACAAAGUCACUCUGACGGUCAUCUGCUGGCCUGGCAGCCUCGUAUAGUCUUAACGUCGGUCUCCGGUCUUGAUUCUUUCUGCAGGCUCACAAAGGAAGCCCCUCCAGUGUGGCGUGUCUACUGGGCAGCAGACACAGGGCCAAAGCACUGACAUCACCCUGUGUUUCCUCUUUGCUCGGAAAUCAGCUCCCGCCAGCCCCAGGGCCUCAUAUUUCAGAUGCUCUCGGUGGCAGCCAAGACUGUCACUCGGCUGGACGCAAGUGGCUUCUGCGCCUGCAGUAGCUCAGUCAUGAACUGAGUUACAUUCGCAAUUCCUCCAUCCGCAGCAACUCACUGCAGCAUCCGCAGUGCUCCCUGCCCUGGAGACAGUGCUCCCUGCCCUGGAGACCGUGCUGCGGAGAGGCGCAUCUUAGGUUUUCCUCAUUUUCCAUUGGUGCCAACAUUUCAAGAUUUUUAUACCAUUUAUAAAGUGACUUUUUGGUUGGUUUCUACUGUAGUCUUCAGUACUCAAAUGAAGACAUAAAUCUGAUACCACUGACAAGAGACUUCUUUUUUAAAUAAUGUACUGUGGUUAAAAUAGUAGAGAGUCAAAAAUAAUGCAAUUCAAGGGACAGAGCAGCCUGGGAGCAGCUGCUGGAGCUGGCAGAGCUGCACUGCCGGACCAGCCCAGAAGCACGAAGAUUCUAUUCAAAAGGAAAGCUUUGUUAUGUAGGAAACAUUUUUCUAAAAGUCAUUUCUAGAGUUUAUAUUUAUCAGCAAUCUUGUCUGGAGAUGUUUUUGUGAUUUAUGCAAUUGAACUAGGUGAUUAAAAAACAUUACUUUGUAAACACACACACAUAUCAAAGCUGAGUUGAAAGGGAGCCUUUGAUUUUUGUUCCUGUGUAUUUUAGAAACCCUUAGUUUCCCCCAAGAGACCAAAAAGCUCUGUUUUUGUUUUUGUUUUUAAUCUGAAAUAGUAGAUUUUAGAUGUUAAUACCUUCAGCUCUUGGUCACUAAACUUUCUUUUUCUUUCUUUUUUUUUUUAAAUGUUUUGAAAACUAUGUUUGUCCUUUAUUCAACACAGACAACCCUUAGACGACAUAAUGAGAAAGCAAAUAAGAGGAAAAAUUCUUUACCUGGUUAAUAUUUAUACUUGAAAAGUUUCACUCAGAAACCUCAUUCAAAAUCAGAGCAUUGAUAAUCACAUGCUGUGAGGUGCUGGGCAAGCCACCUCCUUAGCCAGUGGUACUGGGCUUUGUGUCCCUGUCAUGGGGUCUUCCAGUUAAAUUUAUAUUAAGAAACCACUCUCUGCAGUAGAUAAGAGUUGGCAACGGUGGUUGCUGCUGGCUUGUUCAGCCCCCGUGCUCCCCAGUCACCACGCAGCCAGCCCCCCAAGGAAAGGAUGUCUCCCAGGUGUAGCGCUGCUCUGGGACAAUCGCCUAUGAAGCAAUUUGACCCUGAAGUGCAAUUGAUGUGAAACAGUGUCUCCUGCUCCCCAGAUACGAUUUUGUAAUCAGCCUUGCUACUUUUUAAAGACUUUGUAAACCUGUCAUUUCUCUGGGGAGUGGCUACCCAACAUAUCAUAACUGCCACUUUGUUAUACAUAAAAAUAUGUUCAACCUGU